UUGGAGGGUGUUCUGUAUGUUGAGGAGCCUACAUCGUCAUGACGGCAUAAAGACCCAACACAAGUCAGAGUCAGAAUGCUGCGGCUUUGUUUUGUAUGCUUUUAAAGCAGCAAUCGGCGGUUGAAAUCACAUAUCAUCUAACAAACCUCCAGCAGUCUCCCACUGCUCUGGGGGAAUGGGAGUCAUAAGACCAGGAGAGAAUGGGGGCGUCUGAACCGGGCCAGCUACAUCCUAAAAAGAUGGAGGGGUCAACAGUGAGAGAUUGGUGGCAUACACAGUACAGACAGUUAUCACAUUACCUUGCCCUGCUGUUUUCUGCUGACUGUGGCCACACUCCUACAGACCUUCCACUACUCAAAGACCUGACUCAGAAGCUGAACACCCUGAACAACUCCUACGUCCUCCUCUUCCACAAGUACCCAACACUCAACCUGUACAGUCCUGUCACCACCCCCAGUGAGCGUGAGUGCAGGCCGUGCCCAGAGGGAUGGGAGUCUUUUGGGGAGAGAUGCUGCCUCCACACCCAGGAGAGACAGAACUGGAUCUCCAGCCAGUACCACUGCUUGUCUGCAGGGGGCAACCUUGCCAUGGUGAAGAGUGAGGAGGAGCAAAUCUUCCCGUGGAAGAGAGCCAAGGAGCUGAGCAAGGGAGACUCCUACUGGAUCGGCCUGAAGAACGGUAACCCAGGCGGGGCUGGCACUGGGUGGACAACUCCCCGGUGGAAAAAGGGUCAGGAAUUCCUACAGCUUCUAUUCAACCUCGCUGAGAGCCCCAGACCAUUAUUCCUCCUCCACCAAACUUUAAAGCUGGCUCUAUGCAUUGGGGCAAGUAGAGUUCUCCUGGCAUCCAACAAACCCAGAUUUGUUGGACUGCCAGAUGGUGAAGCGUGAUUCAUCACUCCAGAGAACGUUGGUUCCAGAAGCAGUUUGGAACUCGGUAGUGGGUGUUGCAACCGAGGACAGACCAUUUUUACGUGCUACGCAGUUCAGCACUCGUCGGUCCCUUUCUGUGAGCAUGUGCGGCCAACCACUUUGUGGCUGAGACGUUGUUGCUCCUAGACGUUUCUACUUCACAAUAACAGCACUUAUAGUUGACCAGGGCAGCUCUAGUAGAGCAGAAAUUAGACAAACCGACUUGUUGGAAAGGUGGCAUCCUAUGACGGUGCCACGUUUAAAGUCACUGAGCUCUUGAGCAAGGCCAUUCUACAGUCAGUGUUUGUCUAUGGAGAUUGCAUGGCAGUGUACUCAAAUGUUAUAUACCUAUCAGCAACGGUGUGGCUGAAACAGCCAAAUCCACUCAUUUGAAGGGGUAUCCACAUACUUUUGCUCACACAGAGCAUUCGGAAAGUAUUCAGACCCCUUCACUUUUUCCACAUUGU